AUGGACGAUAACCCCUUGAAGUAUACGCCUGUGCCGAUUCAGAUCAUCAAUGGUCCGCUGUGUAUGUGCUUUUAUUAUUCUUUACGAUAUCACCUCUCACUGUUCCAGGGUUGAUACCUGAAUGCAUAAAACUGACGGGAAUGGACAAAGAAGUUCUCAUUGAGACUAUAACCCAUUUGUACAUGAACCACUUGAAUUAUUUAUGGUGAGAACAUUAUCAAUUUCCUACUUUUAAAUCGAAAAUCUCUCGUACAGCGACCAAGCACGUGCCGACAUGAAGAAUCUUCCAGAAGCGGGAAAUAAUGAGGAAAAUGACGGGCAAAUAUCUGCGGCAAAUAAUGGAGCAAAUGACGGCCAAAUAUCUGCGGCACCUACUGAGUAG